AUGGAAGAAGCUUGGCCGCCUCUCGCCCCCUCCCCCGCCCCCGCCCCCGCUCCUCCCGCGGCUCCUACGGGUGGAGGGGCAUGGGGCGCGGCCGCGGUGGCGGAGCGGAGGGCGGUGGCGGAGGAGUCGGCGGCGGAGGCGGUGAGCCGGCUGGUGGCGAGCUGCGCCAACUCGAGCGGCGUGGCGGUGGCCGUGGUGGACGCCAACGCCGUCAUCGCGGGCGGGACGGCGCUCUCGUCCUCGGCUGCUGGGCGCCUGGUGACGGUUCCCGAGGUGCUGGAGGAGGUGCGGGACGCGUCCGCCCGGCGGCGCCUCGCGCUCCUCCCGGCCGCUGUUGAGACCGUCGAGCCUGCUCCUGAAUUCGUCAAGAAAGUUGUCAAAUUUGCCAGGGAAACCGGAGACCUACAGACGCUUUCAGAUGUUGAUAUCAAGAUUAUUGCUCUAGCUUACAUGUUGGAAGCUGAGAUCCAUGGGACUAACCAUUUGCGGGAGCACCCACCUCCCCUGCGUGUGGUAAAUGUGAGAAACCUGAAAGAUGCUCCGCUGCCGGGUUGGGGCUCUAAUGUGCCAAACCUAGCAGAGUGGGAGGAAUUGGAUCAGAUGUCUGAAGCAGGCGGAAAUCUCAAGUCUCGCAUUCUUCCGCUGAAGGAUCUUGAGAACCAAGAAAUCCCAACUAGUGAGACCAACAGUAUUUCUGAGAAACAAGGGGAUGAAGAGCAUCAGCCUGCAAAUAAAGAUGCGUGUAUUGCUUGGGAAGAUGAUGAGAAUAAUGAAGGUUGGUUACCUGCCGUUAGUCGCAGUACACACAGAAGAUAUCUAAGGAGGAAGGCAAGACGUGAUGCCCUCAAGGAAUCUGAACAAAGUUUUGAGACAAGUUCUGUUGACCCAUCAAUUGAUGACGAUAAAAGUUUAUCUGAAAAUGGUUUGAAUCCAGUGGAUGGCCCUUCUGCUGAUCCAGAAAAAAUGACAUCAAGAACUGAUAAGGACAAUGAGGCAGACAAUGUUGGUACUAUUGAGGAGACUGGUGGUACGGAUGCAUGCAUUGAAGAGUUGGAUAACUUGGAUAUCAAAAGUGAGACUGAGGAAGGUGCUGAUUCCUCUUUUGCAGAUGAUGGGAGCAGUGAGCAGAGUUGGGCGUUGAGGUCCUUAUCUGAAUCUACUGUAGCCUGUAUAACCAGUGACUAUGCCAUGCAAAAUGUCAUCCUGCAGAUUGGCCUCCGUCUCUUGGCACCAGGUGGCAUGCAAAUACGUCAGUUGCACAGGUGGGUUCUGAGGUGUCAUGCUUGCUCUAAGGUGACCCAAGAGGUUGGGAAAAUAUUUUGCCCAAAAUGUGGCAAUGGUGGCACCUUACGGAAGGUAUCAGUAACAGUUGGUGAAAAUGGAAUCACUAUGGCCUCACGACGUCCACGCGUGACACUUCGAGGCACAAAAUUUUCCCUCCCAAUGCCCCAAGGUGGAAGAGAUGCCAUCACUAAGAAUCCCAUUUUGCGUGAAGACCAGCUUCCCCAGAAGGUUCUGCACCCUAAAUCGAAGAAGUCAAGCAAGCAGGAUGAUGAUUUUUUGGGUGCCGAUGACAUAUUUUCGCACAGUGGGGAUAAGAAAGUGUCUCUGAAACCUCCAGUGAGGAAGGCCCUUGCAAUGUUCAGUGGGAAACGAAACCCGAACGACAAUCACUUUUCUCGCAAGAAGCAUUAAGUUUUCGUUCUCCUUUCUUCGUUUUUUACCAUCAUGGUUUUUGUACUCGCAUUAUGUAAUGGGAUUACGGGAGGACUAGAGUAUUAUUCAUCAAGACUUACCUACCUUAAUAGUGAUUGUGAAGCAUGUAAGCUAUGCAAUUUUGCAAACAUCCAUCUGAACUUCACUAUUUUCAAGACAACUACAGCUGGGGUAUUUCGUGUACAAGACGUACAUGGCAUUUGCAUCUGAGAUUCCUCAACUAUUCAAAAUGAGCAACUGAAAUGUUCAUUAGAACAA